GAGAACCUGUGAUAGGAAAAAAAAAAAAAAAAAAAAAAAAAGAGAGAGAGAAGGAGCAAAAGAAAAAUAGAGAGAAACUAGCAAAUGUUGAUAUUAGGGUAUACAUCAAAAUUAGCCUAUUCCUAUGGUUAUUAAUUUUAACCAACAAUAUGCGUCAAAUUUCCCAAUCUUAUCCGUACGUAGACCCGGGUGCACCCCAACAUAGAAUUUUCCAGAAACUAAUUGGUCUCAGUUGUUAAUUAAUAGUUUAAUACUGAGAGAGAGAGGAGAGAGAGAGAGAGAGAGAGAGAGAGAGAGAGAGAGAGAUGUCGUACUUGCUUCCACAUUUGCACUCUGGAUGGGCCGUAGAUCAGGCCAUCCUCGCCGAGGAAGAGCGUCUCGUCAUCAUCCGAUUUGGCCACGACUGGGAUGAGACCUGUAUGCAGAUGGAUGAAGUUUUGGCAUCAGUUGCUGAGACAAUCAAAAACUUUGCAGUGAUAUACCUUGUCGACAUCACUGAGGUUCCAGAUUUCAACACAAUGUACGAGUUGUAUGACCCAUCUACGGUCAUGUUUUUCUUCAGGAACAAACACAUUAUGAUCGAUCUCGGAACUGGAAACAAUAAUAAGAUCAACUGGGCCCUCAAGGACAAGCAAGAGUUCAUUGACAUUGUUGAGACUGUGUACCGUGGAGCAAGGAAGGGACGGGGUCUUGUGAUUGCUCCUAAGGAUUACUCUACCAAAUAUCGCUACUAAGUUCUUUUGCAAAAGAACACCAUUUCUUUGAUGGAAUUCACUGGAACUUGUUUCUCUAGAACGCCAUUUCUUUGAGAAUCUGUCGAAUUUCUCAAAGAUUUAUUUCUCUAAAAUCUUGUGUACUUAACAUUUAACCUAUUUGGACGCUUUAGUGCGAUGUCCAGGAGAAUGAAACAGAAUGUGACAACUUGAUAUAAUGCUGUGUGUAGUACAUAUGCUUUUCAUCUAAUGGUUUGUAUAAAUUUCACUUGAAUAAAAGUUUUGAGCACUUAUCACCCA